UCUGUCAUCUGUGUUUAUCAGAGGAAGUUCACAAUUUCACAUGUUACAUUUGUUUCUAAAUAAUUGAGUAUAUUUUUAAUUCAAACAGAAACAUUAUCUUUAAACAUGGAAUACAUGCCUCCUGAACCAGAUAUAGCACCCAACGGCACACAAAUAUUGUGCUGCCAAUGUGCCGUGCCCAUUGAGCCAAACCCAUCUAAUAUGUGUGUUGCAUGCUUGAGGGCUCAUGUGGAUAUUACAGAAGGAAUACCAAAGCAAGCCACACUAUUUUUCUGUCGAGGAUGUGAAAGGUAUUUGCAACCACCGGCAGAAUGGUUGGUGUGUGCCUUAGAAUCACGGGAACUUCUUGCCGUUUGCCUCAAAAGGUUGAAAGGUCUCAAUAGAGUGAAGUUAGUAGAUGCUGGUUUUGCCUGGACUGAGCCGCAUUCCAAGAGGAUAAAAGUGAAACUGACAGUACAAGGUGAAGUGAUGGGCGGAGCAGUACUCCAACAAACAUUUGUAGUAGAGUUUGUGAUCCAGCAUCAAAUGUGUGAUGCAUGUCAUCGUACGGAAGCUCAGGAUUACUGGCGUGCGUUGGUGCAAGUGCGGCAAAGGGCUAACAACAGAAAGACGUUUUAUUAUUUGGAACAACUGAUUUUGAAGCACAAAGCCCAUGCCAAUACGCUCGGGAUUAAACCCAAACAUGAUGGAUUGGACUUUUUCUACACAUCGGAGAACCACGCACAGAAAAUGGUCAACUUCAUUCAAUCAGUUCUGCCAAUAAAGUGUCAGCAUUCCAAGAAACUUAUAUCUCACGAUAUACACAGUAACAUUUACAACUAUAAGUUCACAUUCUGCGUGGACAUAGUGCCUUUAUCGAAAGACAGUGUUGUGUGCCUUCCAAAAAAGUUAACUCAGACCCUGGGAUCUAUAUCGCCGAUAUGCUUAGUGCAGAGAGUUACAAGUACAAUACAUUUAAUAGAUGCAUAUACGGGGCAAGUCUGUGAUCUGUCCUCCACCCAAUAUUGGAGAUAUCCAUUCAGUCCAAUAUGUAACCCAAAACAAUUAGUGGAAUACAUUGUUAUGGAAAUUGAUAUACUAAAAGAACAUGAGAAGAAGACAUUCCCCGGUCAAGGAGCUGUGUCCAGCAAGCACGUUUUAGCCGACGUAUGGGUUGUUAAAGCAAGUGAACUUGGGCUAGAUGUCAGCCCCGUUCACACUAAAACCCAUUUGGGGCACAUAUUAAAACCAGGCGACACUGUUCUUGGAUACAAUUUGGGAGAGUCGAACGUGAACGACGUGAAUUUAGAUAAACUGAACCGCGAUUCUAUUCCGGAUAUAUACCUCGUCAAGAAGCAUUAUGGAGAACGCGCCGCUAGAAGACGAGCUCGCGCUUGGAAGCUGCGACAUAUGCACGAACACCCCACUUCCACUACCGAUGAUGACUACAACGAGUUUUUGGACGACCUAGAAGAAGAUCCGACUCUGAGACAACACAUUAACAUCUUCAAGGAUGAGAACAAAAUACCUGUGGACACGGACGAGAUAGAUCCAACGUUACCGCGUAUCACUCUAGCGGAAAUGCUGGACGAUUUGGCCAUAGAAGAUGUUGAUAUGACGGAAGUGUAACGACCGUCAAUUAAAGAGGGGGGGGGGGGGUAGUUUCCCGUACGAAAAGGCAAUCGGCACUUAUUAUUAUACUGCAAGCGUUUCCCCACGAAAUCGACCUAAAUGUUUCCCGUACAAACUUUCAUUCAUUCACUGUUUCACUGUUUCACUGUUCUGUUCGUUGUAGGGUGAUAUUAAGAUUGAAGUUAAGAAUCGGGUUUAUCAAACGCAUAAAAGGGUUUUGAAUUACGGCUGGUAUUUCCAUCGUAUAACGCGAUCAAACAAACAAAAAACACAUCUUCUUUUAUCUUUAAUAUAGAUUCUGGUUUUGUUGCUUGAUGUGGUACUAAAGAAUAAUCAAAUUUAUUAAUAAAACAUAAAACUCAGUCAAGCCGAUGAGAAGGAGAAAAAAAACACGCAUAUUUUUAUUGGCCAUGACUUGUUUAGGAAAAAAAAAACGUCACUUUAAUGACACUACAAAAGUGUUUGAUUUAAAUGAUAUUGGAAUAAAUUAAAAAUGGCAAACCACUGCUUUUAAUAAACCCAAAUAAUAACAAAAGAAUGAAAUUGCUUUGUCUCGACAUAUCGAAAUAUUUUUUUUUUUUUUGCUUGCGACUGCCUAUAUAUCACUUCAGUGUGGGGAACGCUAAUGCUAUUAAUUUCUUCUAAUGCUAUUAAAAUCAUAUGUUGACAGCUAAGCUGCAUUCACUUUUAUUCUAAGGUUGAAAGUGUUACGUCGUAUUUUUUAAUACAUGUUAUAUUUCUUUUGUAA